AGGCAAUUUGGUGCCGCAGCUGUGGCCCAGCUUCUCGCUGCCGUCCUGUCGCCUGCCGGAGGGCUGCGUGGAUCCCUUGCCCAUCCCCGUGGGCUACGUGAAGACGGCAGAUGGUUGGCGUUGCGACAAGGGCUACAGCGGCACGGUACACGUGCAGUGCGUCCUGGGGGACGACACCUGCCAGCAGCUGCAGCCGAUUCUCACAGGUUGCAGUCUGAUCCGUCCCUGCAAAAUGCCUCCCGUGGACAUGUGCAUCUUCGACCUUGGGGCUUGUGGUGAUGGCUCGGUACCAGACGGCACCAACUGCACGGCACGCUGCCGGCUGCCCUACAACGGCACGGUGACCACCGCUUAUUGCCCUGAGGGCAACACCGAUCCGGAUCAAGAGCUGAUUUGGACCCAGCCACACUGUGCACUCGUCGACUGUUUAGAUCCGUUGCCCAUCCCUCCGGGCUACACCAAGCUGCUGAAUGGUGGCUGGAGCUGUGCCACGGGCUACACCGGGGUGGUGGAUGGCUGCUGUCAGUUCAACGACAUUUGCAUGCCAAGGUUGACGCUCAGUGGUUGCUAUCCCAUUGGUCCUUGUGCUAUGCCGACUCCAGAUCGCUGUCAGUUUGACCUGAAUGACUGUCCCACGACACCCUUGGGCUUCACUUGCAGCCUCAGGUGCCAGUUUCCCUAUGAUGGAGUCACCACCGAGGCCAAUUGCUCUGAAGGUGCUGGUGCCCCACCCGAAUCGGAACGGAGUUUGAAGAUGCCAGCGCCCCGCUGCAGCAGCGGUACCAACGAUGCGGUGAUUCUACCACAGCAGCUUUACUACACCUUGCCGAACUGUUUCUGCCCGGACCCCUUCGUCACACCCGAGGGAUACGAAAAGAAUGGCACAGUUUGGCAGUGCGCCAAGGGCUAUGCUGGAGAUGCGGAACUGCUCUGCCAGGACGGCGACCUCUGCCUGCCGGAGCCCACCCUGCGCGGCUGCUUCCCACUGCAGCAGUGCAAGGAGCCAGAGGUCGAUCCUGCAGAUCGCUGUCGGUACGACAUCAGUGACUGCGUCCAAUAUCCUCCACGAGCCGGUGAAACCUGCAUCAUUCGUUGCAAAGCUCCCUAUGAAGGGACCUUCGGCUUUGCCGGAUGCCCUGCAGACAACACCGUCUUCAACAGGAGUUCGGUGUGGCUGGAGAACGUCGCAAAGCCGGUGUGUGACCUGAACUGCCCGGAUCCCUCGGACGUCCCCUUCGGCUUCAUUUACAUCAUGCCUGAUGGAUACAUGAAGGAUGCCGCCAACAAUUGGAUGUGUGCUCCCGGCUACGCCGGAACUGUGACCUUCGCCUGUUCCUUUGGGCCCAACUGCACUUUGAUCAACGAACCGGCUGGAUGUUUGCCCUUCGCCUUGUGUAACGGGAUGAUCACCACCUCAGCAGCUGACAACUGCAGUUUGGACACCAGCCUCUGCGAUGGCAUUGGUCCGGGCGUUUCCUGCAACAUCCACUGCCGGUCGCCCUAUGUGGGACCACCAGGAGAAGCGAUUUGCCCUUACAACAACACUGAUCCACUGCAGCAGGUCGAAUGGGUGUUUCUGCCAGCCUGCUAUUGCCCAGAUACCUGCCAGGAGCAGGAGGGUUAUUUGAAGAUCGUGGAAGAUCCCAGUAUCUACUUCCGUCGGCUCUUCCAUUUGGGCGCCGCGGAUGCAGCUGGUCCCUUCAAAUGCGAUGAUGGUUGGUUGGGAUCGCCUUUAUUGGAGUGUCGGAUGGGCAGCGAAUGUUUCGACGAAGUGACACUCUUCGGUUGCGAUCAGAUCAAGCCAUGCAUUGCGCCCAGAUUGUCUCGGCAUAUGGCCUUACCAAUGGACAACAGCACUGAUGAGCCUCUUCCUUUCCAGGCAGAGGCCGAGUUUGCUGCGGCCAAUCCUUCUGCUGUUGUACCGUGGCUCCCCAGAGCCCAAGAUGUGAUUCCGGAGCACUGCAUGUACGAUCUAUCGGACUGCCACGAGGUGGACGUUGGCUCCGCCUGCAAGGUGCCGCUUCGCGAUGCAUCCCUACGCACCUCAUAG